UGUGAGUGCGUGGUUGUCGCUGAACGGGUCAGACACACGCUACAUCACGCGAAACACCGGUUCGUCGCGCGAAACAAUUUAAUUUCAAAAUAAAAAACAAACAAAAUGAAGCAAGCGGGUUUUUUUGUCGCUACGUUGGCUGUAUUGGUGGUGUUUUGUGAAGUGUCAUGCAAAAAUGUGAAUGUUAAUAUUAAUAGUAGGCCGAGAAGAAGUAGCAAUGGAUUAAGUCAAAGCUGCGGGAAUGUCGAGGAGUUUUUUCAAAUUAGGAAUAUCACCGUCAAAAAACACGAAAACGCUAAAGGAUCAAUUUGCGGCGGAGAAUGCUGCGACGACAGGACCGAAAGCCUGCUGGCCCGUCGGGGUCAGCAGGACUUUGCGGAUAUGCUCAGGCACAACUCGAGGUCUUUGCAAGGAUUGCUCAGCUCGACUUCAGACAUCGUUCAAAAUCACGUCCUGGAGUUGGCCAGCCAGUCGGAAAACAAAACGCAGGUUCUGUUCUCGCAGGUGUAUCAAGGGAUGGCGGUUUUGAGCAAAGAGCCGAUAUCCAAUCUGUACAGGGAUAUUUCGACCUACGUGGUUGGCAACACGACCGAAGGAGAGUUGAAUGGCGCCUCGAUGGACAUAAAGAACUCGGUGCACGAUUUUUUCACCGAGUUGUUUCCUCUGGCGUACCAUGGUAGCGCUAACACGCCCAAAAGAGACUUCACGGUUUCGUACAAAAUUUGCUUGAAGAAGAGUAUGGAGAGUAUUCUGCCUUUUGGUGAUAUCCCCAAGCAGAUUUCUAUGACUCUAUCGAAGAGUUUGGAGGCCACGCGGUUGCUACUGCAAGCUUUCAAUAUCGGGAAAUCGGUUUUAAACUCCACUGACUCUCUAUUGACCAUGGAGAACAGCUCUCCAGCUUGCCAUAAAGCUUUAAUGAAGAUGACGUACUGCCCCAAAUGUCAGGGUUUGCCUACAUCAGCCAGGCCUUGCUCUGGUUACUGUCUCAACGUCAUAAGGGGUUGUAUCACGAGAUACGUUUCUGAGUUGGAUCUGCCCUGGAAUGACUAUGUGGAAAGUAUAGAGAGUUUAGUGAACGCCAUCAAGAAAAAUAACAACGAUGCUGGAGUCAACGUGGACUUGGUCAUCAGGAAUUUGGACAACCAGAUAUCUUCAGCGAUUAUGCACUCCAUGGAGAGAACCAAGGAGAUUGAUGCUAAGGUCAAAAUUCACUGUGGCCCGGCCGAAUUCUCGAAAAAAGAGGACCCCCUAUUGGCGGAAGUGAGCACUCCUGCUCCGGCUCCGACCAACGGAAAGCCGAGUCGUUUGCUGACCUCGAAAACUUUUUCCCCCCUGCCCGAGCAGCAACUGUCGCAGUUUUUGGCGUCCAUCUCCAAAACCAGGGGAUUCUACGGCAACUUCGCCGAUUCCAUAUGCCACGAUGGCAGUUUUGCGGAACCCAAGGAUAAGAAUUGCUGGAACGGGGAAAGAAUAUCAGACUACACCAAAAUGGUUGUUGAAUGGAACAUGCAAAAAUAUAAUCCUGAAGUUAAACCAGGGACGGACUCGCACCCAGUUGACCCUAAACUGCCCGAACUUGUCGAUAAAUUAAGACAUGUACAUAACUUGGCUGUUUCCUCAUUGGGCCCCUUUGUCGAGGACUACAUGCAACAAGACGGUAUAGACGGCUCUGGUCAAGGUCAAGGUUCAGGACGAGAACCAGACUUUGAUGACGACGAAGACGGUUACAGUAACAACGGAUCAGGAUCAGGAGUACAUCCUGUCCCAGAAGAUUACACUCCAAUCCAAGAAAACGAAAAAUUGGACAUCGUGCCACGAGUCAUCCAAUCGGGUGCCUUCGCGGUCGCAUCGUCAAACUUCGUGUUACCACCGCUAGUGUUCUGUUUAAUCGCGUUUAUCUACUAAGCAACCCCCGUAUAUACGUAUAUAACUUAUACAUACAUACUUAUGUAUAGAGACUUGUAUAAAAUUGUUUGACUUUUAAAGUGAGAAGCAUUAAGUGUACUGAGGGAUUGCGUUUUCAAAAAUCGUUAAAAAGGUCCAUAAUGUAUAAAAAAACCAUGUGGCAUAUCUUUUUUUCUAAUUGGACAAUCAUUAAAAUUGUGAAGCUUUAAUUUUUUGAUGGACCUUAUAUAUAAUAAAUGGCUGUUUAUAUCAUAGAUACAGUUGGGGGAAAAUGUUUUCAUACUUUUCCAACACUGUACAUUACAAUUGUUUAUACUAUAAAACAGUUGACAGUGUUAUGUACAUAACAAUCUAUUUAGCUGGACUUAUUGUAGAGUAAGUCCAAAGACUGUAUGUUGUAAUAGUUUAGAUGAUUAAUUAUUAUAAAAAACCUGCUUAACUUGCCUAAAUUUUACAAAAAAAUCCUUCAUAGUUUGCAUUAAAAAAUCAAAAAUCCAAGGUACCUAGUGGAAUGGGUCGUCUCAAUACAACACGUGACGUCACAUGCACUCUAUGUGAAACGGUUUUUUAUUAUUAUUAAUGUUCUAUGAAUUGGUGUGAUUUAACAAUAAAUAUUGUAUAUUUUGACGAUUGAAAAAACGAUUAAAUAAAAAUAUAUCCUUAUGUAUACAAAAUGUUAUUUGUUGGUGGCUGCAAGAAUAUACAAUAUUUUGUAUAAUAAAUUGUAUAUGAUACAUUCUUAGUACACAGGGUGAUACACAUCAAGUGUAUAUAAAAAAAUGUGCAUAUUUUUCUUAUUUUUUAUUUUUUCUUCGUAUUUUUUUUAUUUAA